UGCCGUCGUCAGUGCACGCCUGGGUGCCAUGUGAACUGCAUUUCCCAGUGGCCUUUGCGCGGAACCCGGAUUGCAUCUACUAGUUGUUGCAUUGUGGGAGGACCGGCGGCGUGGAGUGGAGGAGAAGAGUGAGCAGCUGUCGGCAGACGGAGUGUCAAAGCGCGAUGACGGAGCGGAAGGGAACAGCUAAAGUAGACUUCUUGAAGAAGAUCGAAAAGGAAAUCCAACAGAAAUGGGAGGAUGAGGGAGCGUUUGAGGUUAAUGCUUCAGAUGCUGCUAGCCGAAAAAGCAAUGGGAAAUACUUUGCCACCUUUCCGUACCCAUACAUGAAUGGCCGGCUUCACCUAGGACACACAUUUUCUUUAUCUAAGUGUGAGUUUGCAAUUGGAUUCCAGAAGCUAAAAGGAAAAGCUUGCCUCUUCCCUUUUGGGUUGCAUUGUACUGGGAUGCCCAUUAAGGCAUGUGCAGAUAAACUGAAAAGAGAAAUGGAGCUGUAUGGCUGCCCACCAGAAUUCCCCGAUGAAGAAGAAGAAGAGGAGGACGACUCCAAGGAGGAAGAAGUUGUCAUCAAAGACAAGGCUAAAGGCAAAAAGAGUAAGGCUGCUGCCAAAACUGGCUCUUCAAAGUACCAGUGGGGAAUCAUGAAAUCUUUAGGCCUUUCUGAUGAAGAAAUAGUGAAGYUCUCAGAAGCUGAGCAUUGGCUUGAUUAUUUCCCGCCUUUAGCCAUUCAAGAUUUAAAGAGUAUGGGGCUCAAGGUUGAUUGGAGGCGUUCUUUUGUUACCACUGAUGUCAACCUUUAUUAUGAUUCCUUUGUACGAUGGCAGUUUCUCACUCUGAGAGAAAGAAAUAAAAUAAAAUUUGGAAAACGAUAUACUAUUUAUUCACCCAAAGAUGGACAACCAUGCAUGGACCAUGACAGGCAAACUGGGGAGGGUGUAGGACCUCAAGAAUAUACCCUGAUCAAAAUGAAAGUGGUAGAACCUUACCCAGUGAAGUUAAGUGGCCUUAAGGGAAAGAAUAUUUUUUUGGUAGCUGCGACUCUCAGACCAGAGACCAUGUUCGGGCAGACAAAUUGUUGGGUUCGCCCUGAUAUGAAGUAUAUUGGUUUUGAGACCCUGAAUGGAGAUAUUUUUAUUUGCACGCAGAGAGCUGCCAGGAAUAUGUCCUAUCAAGGCUUCACAAAGACAAAUGGAGUAGUGCCUGUUGUGAAGGAACUGAUGGGAGAGGACAUUCUUGGGGCUCCACUUUCUGCUCCUCUAACAACCUACAACGUCAUCUAUACCCUUCCUAUGUUGACUAUUAAGGAAGAUAAAGGCACCGGUGUGGUCACAAGUGUCCCAUCUGAUUCUCCAGAUGACAUUGCGGCCCUGAGGGACUUAAAAAAGAAACAGCCUUUUCGAGCAAAGUAUGGCAUUAAGGAUGACAUGGUCCUCCCAUUUGAACCAGUGCCUAUCAUUGAGAUCCCUGGCUAUGGCCAACUUUCUGCUCCAAUGAUCUGUGAUGAGCUGAAAAUCCAGAGUCAAAAUGACAGAGAGAAACUAGUCGAAGCCAAGGAGAGGCUAUACCUAAAAGGAUUUUAUGAGGGUAUAAUGCUUGUUGAUGAAUUCAAGGGCCAGAAGAUUCAAGAUGUCAAGAAGCUUAUUCAGAAGAAGAUGGUAGACAAUGGUGAAGCUGUGAUCUAUAUGGAGCCAGAAAAACAAGUCAUGUCAAGAUCUGCCGAUGAGUGUGUGGUGGCUCUUUGUGAUCAGUGGUACUUGGAUUAUGGAGAAGAAUCAUGGAAGAAACAGACUCACGAAUGCCUGAAAAAUCUUGAGACAUUUUGUGAAGAGACGAGAAGAAAUUUUGAAGCUACUCUAGACUGGCUGCAGGAACAUGCAUGUUCAAGAACAUAUGGAUUAGGUACUCGUUUGCCUUGGGAUGAGCAGUGGCUGAUAGAAUCUCUCUCUGAUUCAACUAUCUACAUGGCCUUCUAUACAGUGGCUCAUUUCCUACAAGGGGGCAAUCUCCGUGGACAAGGAGAGUCUCCAAUAAGGAUCAGGGCAAACCAGAUGUCAAAAGAGGUGUGGGACUAUAUCUUCUUUAAGACAGCUCCAUUCCCUGCAACAAAAAUCCCCAAAGCAGCUCUGGAUAAACUGAAACAGGAAUUUGAAUUUUGGUAUCCAGUGGACCUACGUGCUUCUGGCAAGGACCUUGUCCCAAAUCACUUGUCAUACUACCUUUAUAACCAUGUAGCCAUGUGGCCAAAUCAAAGAGAGAAAUGGCCUGUCUCUGUGAGAGCAAAUGGGCACCUCCUCCUGAAUUCAGAGAAGAUGUCUAAAUCUACAGGCAAUUUUCUCACUUUGAGUGAAGCUGUGCAGAAAUUUUCUGCUGAUGGCAUGCGACUGGCACUGGCAGAUGCAGGUGAUACUGUAGAAGAUGCAAACUUUGUGGAAACUAUGGCAGAUGCUGGCAUCCUCCGCCUGUACACCUGGGUGGAGUGGGUGAAGGAGAUGCUUGCAAACUGGGACAGUUUAAGAAGUGGGCCUGCUGACACCUUCAAUGACAGGGUCUUUUUUAGUGAAAUUAAUGCAGGCAUAAUGAAGACAGAGCAGAAUUACGAGAAGAUGAUGUUUAAGGAAGCUCUUAAAACUGGUUUCUUUGAAUUUCAGGCAGCAAAAGAUAAAUACCGUGAGCUGGCAAUUGAAGGAAUGCACAGGGAUUUGGUGCUCCAGUUUAUUGAAUCUCAGACACUCCUUUUGGCUCCCGUCUGCCCUCAUGUGUGUGAACAUGUUUGGGCAUUGUUAGGCAAGACUGACUCCAUCAUGAAAGCUUCCUGGCCCGUGCCUGGCCCUGUGGAUGAAGUAUUGAUCCGCUCAUCCCAGUACCUCACAGAGGCAGCCCACGAUCUCCGCCUGCGUCUCAAAAACUACCUGGCACCAUCUAAAGGAAAGAAGGGCAACAAAGAAGCACCCAAGAAGCCAUCCCACUGUACCAUUUACGUGGCCAAGAACUAUCCGCCAUGGCAGCACACAACACUGUCAGUUCUGCGCAGACAUUAUCAGACUAGUGGAGGGCAGCUACCAGACAACAAAAUAAUUUCCAGUGAACUAAACUCUUUGCCAGAACUGAAGAAGUACAUGAAAAGGGUUAUGCCUUUCGUUGCCAUGAUUAAGGAAAAUCUGGAGAAGAAAGGGCCCCGUGUACUUGAUCUGGAACUGGAAUUUGACGAGAGGGCCGUCCUCAGGGAGAACAUAGUCUAUCUAACAAAUUCUUUGGAGUUGGAACACAUAGAAUUGAAGUUUGCUUCAGAAGGAGAUGAGAAAAUUAAAGAAGACUGCUGUCCUGGAAAGCCUUUCUGCACUUUCAGGGUAGAACCUGGUGUGUCUGUCUUUCUUGUAAAUCCCCAACCAGCAAAUGGCCACUUCUCUACAAAAAUUGAAGUCAGGCAAGGAGAUGGUAGAGAUACAAUAAUCAGGCGUUUGAUGAAGAUGGACAGAGGAAUCAAAGAUCUUUCCAAAGUGAGACUCAUGAGAUUUGAUGACCCUCUUCUGGGCCCUCGUCGUGUUCCUGUCCUUGGAAAAGAAGAUGCUGAGAAAUCCCCCAUUUUAGACCAAGCUGUCUUCCACAUAGACCUAGCAGAGAAACGGGUCCGUCUCAUCGAGAACGGACGGACUACUGAUAUUGGGGAUACACUUGUCUAUAUUGUUAAUUAGGUUUUUCACAACAUUUGCUUAAUUAGUGCUGAGUCUUAAACCAUGCUUUUAAAAAAACAUUUGUUUGUUUUCAAGAUAAGUAGUGGGAAACUUAAUUUCAGCUGGUGGAGCACAGGAGGGAACAUGAAAAUGGCAUGUAGCUCAAGCUCAUUAAAUUGUCCAGUGUGGUUAUAAUAAAUCUAUUUUCCAUC